AUGGCCGUGUUGACGCGCGAAGCUGCUCUUUCGCCCGCGCUCUCGUUUGCUUCUUUCGAGUCUGAUCCGUGCUCGUGCCAGCCGUUCCCCUCGUCAUCCGAGCCGCGGGCCGCACUGACAUCCCUGCCACGGGAGAUACUGCACGAUAUCUUUGCCCGGCUGCAAAAGCCAGAUCUCCUGAGCCUGCGCCUCCAGUGCGCGUACCUGAGUGAUGUGGCCACCGCGCUCGCCUUCAGGUCCUUGCGGCUCGUGGCGUACGGUCGAUCGCCGCUGGAUUUCAUCCACAUUGCGCGUUCCGAGCGCCUGCGCGGGUUGGUCCAAGAGCUGACGUGCGACACCGCCAUCCACCCCACGAUUGUCGACUUCCGCGCCUACGGGUACCAGGAACCGACAGAAAUGCUCAAGGCGCUCGAGUUUGUGCGCUUCUUCCAGAAUUUGAAAGCCCUUCAUCUGAGAUUUACGCGGGACUACUGGUUCGUGUAUGACGGCGAGUUUGAAUCUAUGGAGUUCCGGUUGCGGUUUUUACACACCGUCUUUUCUUGCAUAGUUGGGGAGCCGUGCCCAAUUGACUGGGACGCGAAUUAUGAGGACGAGAUGGAGUACCAUUAUCACACAAGUGAGGAUGAUGAGCAGGAGAGUCGGAGCGUUGGUGAGGCUGACAGUCAACUCGGGGACGAUGAGGGUGGAAUGCACACCGAUGAUACUGAACAUGAGACCAACGAGGACGUUGUGGAACCAGAAGUAGAGGAAUUGGAGGAUGAAGAUGAAGAGGAGGUGAACGACAAUGAUUUUUUCGACCUCUUACAAAUACCCUCAAAACUCCUCGAGAACCUGCCCGAUGUCCUAACUGGCCCAAUCAACCUUACCACAUUCACAAUCUCCAACCUGGCUGCGCAAAGAGACGCGAGAUUAUUAGAGAACAAAGUGUUUUCCCAAGUGCUCUCCUCGCGCAGUCUGGUUAACCUCAAACUUCUAAUCACACCAUCCAUGGCUGGUAUCGGAGGCUUUGCGGGCCGCCGAGCCGACAUGAAAAUUUCCAUGUACGGCCACUUGCCCGCCACGUGGAUCAUGCCGUCUGCAGCUGCGAAUCUAAAGGAGCUCUCUCUAUACUCCCACGAAUACUGGGGCUGGUUCCCCAAGCUGGACCUCCGGGACCUGGGCGAGUUGCCCAAUUUAAGGAUUCUCGCCUUGGGCCAAUAUACCUUUAGCCACCAGUGGCAGGUCGACUGGUUGGCUUCUCUUCAGCUAGAGGAGCUGUAUUUGGAUCAUUGCGCAGUACUGCACCAGGUAGAAACCUGGGAGGAGUGGGUUGAUGGAAGCUCGGCUUACACCGUGCAGGAUGAUGGCAAUAAUGCGCAUGUAAUCGUACCGAACGAGGGAUACCUCAACCCAGACUGGAGGUUCAUGACGCGCGGCGAGGGUAGUGAGCUGGUUCUCUCUUACCCUCUGCGUUGGCACACCAUGUUCCGCCAGUGGGAACGGUCAAUGACCUCCCUCAAGGUUCUCAAGGUCGGGCUGGGCGCGUGGAGAGGCCCGCCUCAAGAGACAGUCGAAGCCAACUACCCACGUGCGGAAGCGAUGGAGAAGAGACAGAGAUUUUCGCACAACGCAUUUAGAUAUUAUAGAUGCCCGCCUCCCGGUGGGAGAGGCGAGCAGUAUCGAGAGGGCACAGGGAUCUCCGAGGAUCACGAGCUUGCUCUCCAGUACUUGUAUUUCGAAGGGACAGGAUUUCAGACUUGGGACCACUGGGAAGCUCAUGAGAGGUUUGUGAGAAGCCAUUCUGGUAAUUCCUUUACCGACUGGGUAUUAGAGAAUGGCUUAAGAGAUAAGGAUCGCUUAGCACAGAAGCUCUUAGUUUCAGCGAUCCAGUCGCGAGGAAAGUAA